UGCUCCCGUCUGCGGUCCCGUCCGCAAGCGCCUUCUGAGAGGACUUUUGGCGUGUCCCAGCCCGCCCUGGGUCUGCCGAGCCGUGCUGCGGUGGCGGGGGAUCCGUUGGGGACGGGACGUUGCGUUGCGGGGAAGGACAUGGAGGGUCAGGAGCUGCCUUGUGUGCUAAUUGACUGCAUCGGAGGGAAGCAUGGGGUAUACGAAGACCAUGCUGAAUUUCUAAAGGAACGUUUCUGUCUCAUCACCAUGAAAGAAUAUCUUGAAAACAAGAGCUUUCUUGGCAAAAAGAUCAGAGCUAUUUAUAUGUGGUAUCACAAACCGGUUAUUAAUGAGGAGCUGCUGCAGAGCUUGCCUAACCUGAAGAUAGUUGCAAGCUCUGGAGCGGGAAUAGAUCACCUGGAUCUGAAUCUCCUCUCCAGCUAUGGUGUGAAAGUGUCUAACACUCCAUCGAUUGUUUCCACUGACACUGCAGACUUGGGGAUGGCUUUGAUGCUGGCAUCUUCCAGGAGACUUGUGGAAGGCUAUCAAAUGGCAAUAUCCCCUGACACUGAAUAUUUCCCUGCCAACUGGCUGGGUGCUGAGGUUUCUGGAGCUACUCUAGGCAUCGUUGGAAUGGGCGCCAUUGGCUACAAAGUGGCUGAGAGAGCCAAAGCCUUUGAGAUGAAAAUUUUAUACCACAACAGGAAACAGAGAAACAAGGAAGAAGAACGUGCUGUUGGAGCUACCUACUGUAAGAAGAUAGAUGACUUGCUCCAGCAGGCAGAUUUUGUGAUGCUGGCUGUGAAACUGACACCUCAGACACACAAACUGAUUGGGAAGAGGGAGCUACAGCUGAUGAAACCCACAGCCAUUCUCAUUAAUAUCAGCAGAGGUCUGGUUGUUGAUCAGGAUGCUUUGGUGGAGGCUCUCCAAAACAAAGUUAUUAAGGCAGCUGCUCUGGAUGUGACCUAUCCUGAACCUUUGCCAAGGGAUCACCCUCUGUUACAGAUGAAGGAUGUUCUCAUAACUCCUCACAUCGGAAGCGCCACUGUCAAGACGCGCCACCUGAUGAAGGAAAACAUGACGGAAAGCAUAGAGGCAGGGCUCGCGGGUCUUCCCAUCCCUAAUGAAGUACUGCUGUGAAGACUUGCAUUUCACCUUAACGCCGCUGGCGGUUACCGAGAGCGAGGAGACGAGGCUGAGAACCUUUCCCUGCAAUUCACGGGGGUACGCGACACAAAUACGAUGUGGAAGCGCAACUUUAACUGAUGCUCCUCGCUUGUGGUUUAAAUGCUUUUAGUUAAAUACAAAAGCUGCCUCUGUGUGGAAAA